AGGCUUUGUUUACUCUUGAUAAUCAACAAAGCAUGCUAGUCACUACACCCUGUCUCCUGCCUCCAUCACUUUCACCUCUUUUCUUUAACCCAAUCAGAUGAGAAGAUACUAGACAAAAACGAAUGAAGGCAGAACACCUAGCAGCCAUGGUCACACCAAUAGCCCGCACUAGCCACGUGUCCGAAGACCGAGAGCUUUGCACAAGCCAGCAAUGCGCCGAUGACCACUGGUGUUCGAACACGGGGUGUGCAACGAGAUGUCCUGGGGUAUUUAAUUUGCAAGAGAUAUUCGGCCCUGAAACAACAGAGAUCCGACUUCGAGUGCAACUGGCACUACACCAACACCCGAAAAUGAAUGGAGUUAGUUUGACACUCAACCAGACCAAUUGAAAGAGGACUCGGC